AUGCAGGCCGUCAGAGGAUUCAUCACCAAGACCACCAUCCCCAGGAGGGCGCCACUCUUCCGCCUCGGAGCAACCAGCAUUAAUCGUAUGGCAUCGACGCUCCAACGCCAGCAACAAACCACUGCCAUUCUCACCUCGCUUUACAACACCAGCAGCAACCGCGCAGUCAUUGCACAGCAGUACCAACAGUACCAGAGCAGAACGUUUGUUUCUCCCUCACGGAUCCUGUUCGCGGCCAAUAGUGCGGAUGUUGACAAGGGUGUCCAGAAUAUCACGGAUCUCUUCAUGGUCGCCCGCGAUGAGUUGGAAUACGCUGAGGAGGCACGCGGAUCGGUAUACUACAACGACGACAAAGAAACCGCCCGCGAGGCCGUACAGGAGACCCUGGACGCUUAUAAUGUCCUCCUCCAAGACCUGGACGAUGCCCAGAAGCUGGAUGUUCAACGCAAGAUUGGUCUCAAGAUCAUGGAACUCAAGUCUCAGCUGGAUGCACUUAAUGCCGAGGAACUCGAGUAA